AUGGGUGAACUUCAGGAUCAACUCUUCAUCCUUAUAGGGGCACUGGUGUGUCUGAACUACUUGCUGAAAUGUGUGAAGUUCUCCAAAUAUUUUCUUCUGCGUUUAUGGAAUCCAUUGCCAAAAUCUUUCUUUCGAUCAAUGGGAGAAUGGGCAGUGAUCACAGGUGCUGGAGAUGGAAUUGGGAAAGCAUAUGCAUAUGAGCUAGCAAAACAUGGACUAAAUAUUGUGAUGAUCAGCAGAACCCUCGAAAAGCUCCAGGCAGUUGCCAAAGGGAUUGAGAAGACGACAGGUAGUCAGGUAAAGGUCAUACAAGCUGACUUCACCAAAGAUGACAUAUAUGAGAACAUCAAAGAGAACCUUCAAGGAUUAGAAAUUGGAAUUUUAGUCAACAAUGUUGGAAUGCUUCAAAAUAUUUUCCCAUGCCAUUUCCUUAGUGGACCAGAUAAAGUACAGAGCCUGAUCCACUGUAACGUCUCUUCUGUAGUCAAGAUGACUCAGUUGAUUCUGAGAGACAUGGAAGAAAGGCAGAAAGGACUGGUUUUGAACAUUUCUUCAGGGGCAGGUCGCUUCCCUUGGCCAUUUUAUAGCAUUUACUCAUCUACAAAAGCUUUUGUAUGCACAUUUUCGAAAGCACUGCAAGCUGAGUAUAAGGCAAAAGGAAUCAUCAUACAGGUGGUGACACCUUACUCUAUUUCUACCCCUAUGACAAAGUAUCUCAAACCCAGCAUGAUGACAAAGACAGCAGAAGAGUUUGUUAAGGAAUCCUUGAAUUUUGUUGCAGUUGGAGAUGAAACUUGUGGUUCCCUUGCUCACGAAAUCUUGGCACACCUUAUAGACCUGAUUCCUUCCUGGUUACUCUACAAUGAUGUGUUUCAGAACAUCAUGAUGAAACACUGCACAAAUUAUAUAAAGCAAAAUUCCAGGAUCUAAUAAAUAACUCUUGGGGAGGAAGAAGUCUAAAGAAACAUCCAGCAACACUACUCUUGAUAUUAUUUAUGUUAGCCUGAAGAAACGAGAAGCCAUACUCCUCGCUUUAUUAACAUGAAGUUGUA